AUGGAAAGGGAGUCAAAUAACGAUUUAGUUUAAGAAAAUAGCAAGCAUGAUGCAAUUUAUAGGGUAUCUUCAGAUAAUUUUAAUUUAACUGGUUUGAAUAAAAAUUAGCCAGUUCCUUAUACAGGAGGACUAGAAAAAAUGUCAAGCAAUAUGAUUAGUAAUAACAUAUAUCCAGAUUAAAGCUAUCUUUUGUUUAAGAGUAUGUUUGAUGAUCCAAGCAAUCCCCUUGCUAACUUAUUUAAAUCUUCGAUUGAAAAUUUUUAGUUUAGUAAUAAUAAUAAUAAUCUUAGCUAAGUUCCUUCUAGCUAAUAAGAUCUCUUAAGUUGUUUUGGUAAUAAUGCAAAUAAUGUAUCUUUGUUGGUGAAUCCAUAAUAUUUAGGAAGCUCUUUUCCUUCUGUUUCCAGCUUUCCUCAGGUUAAGACUAAUAAAUAGUCACCUUUAUAGGGUUUAAGUUUUGAAAUAAAAGACGUCAGUUCAAUUAAUUCAAACAACAAUCACAAUAAUAGCUCAUCAAAUAAUAACAAUAGUGCUCUACUAAGCAUGAAUCAAAGUAACAUCAACAAUAGCUUGUUAAAUAGCAAUGAUAACAGUAACAACAGCAACAAGAGUAUCCAAAAUGGAUUAAGCAGAGGUAUUAGCUCUAGCAAUAGCAAUUUUAACUGCAAUUUACAAGGCUUUAAUAAACCUCUUUUGAGUAAUGAAUAUCCUAUCUCAAGUUUUAUAAAUAAUGGGUUCAACCCAAAUCAAAGUAUUUUGAGUAAUGAUAUGGCAUAGAAUAAAGAGCCAUUUACCAAAAUUAGCUCAUCUUCCUCUUCUUCUCGCACCCACUCUACUAAAAGAGGUACCACUAUCAUAAUUUAAGCUUAAAACAUCAACUCUCCUGCAGUUGUUAACAAGCAGUCCUCAGACUCUAAUUAAUAAGAAAAUAUUUUAAAUUAAAACGAAAUAUUUGGCAUGUAAAAUUUGAACAAUGAUUAAGUGAAAUAGUCGAAUAUGUAUGAAUUUCUUUCUAAAUAAAUUGAUCAAAAAGUACCAUAAAAAGAAAGCUCUGCAAACAACAAAACUAAUAUAGAGAAAAUUCUCUUUAAUCAAAAUAAAGUAGAGGAAAUAAAAAAAGAAGAAUUAGAAGAGGAAUAAAAUAAUGUGUCGGCUUCAAAGGUAAAAAAAUCUGCAAGAAUUUCAAAAAAGUAAAAUUUAUCUGGUGAAGAAAAAAUACCUAAUAAGAAAAGAAAAGAUGAUCAUACACUUAAAUAAAGUGGAGAUCAUAACUUUUCUGAUGAAACCUAAGGAUUGAAUUGCGAGGAGAAUGCUAAAUCAGCUGUAAAGUUCUAGAUAAAGCAAGAGGAGGAAAAAAUAGAAAAGUCUAAAAUUAAAAAUGUUUAAAUUAAAGAAGAAGACUUCCAUGAAUAGGCAGUAUCGGAAGCCCUCUCUUCUGAAGUAAAGCCAUUGAAAAACAAAGAAAAAUAAUAAAAUACUGAAGGCCAAGAAAAAAAAUCAAGCAGUCGUCAAUCUUAACACAAAAAUGUUUAUAAAAACUUUGGAAAAGAAUUGCUACGUUUUGUUCGUUGCAAACAAUAAACUUGCAAAGAGCUAACCUAAGACGAAUACAGAUAUCUUUUGGAUUAGCUCACAGGAGGUUUGAAUGACAAAGAUACUAAGUAGACCCUACCAAUCUAAAAGAAAGAAAAGUUAUAACUUCUAUGGACUCUAAAGACUGAGCCAAAUACAGCAUCCCAUGCAUCUUAAAGCACCAACAGUAAAAAAUAAAAAAAUGAUCAUCACAAUAAGAACGAUGAAGAUAAAACUUAAGAAUAUUACUUUAUUACAGAAAAAGAAGACGAAAUACUUGAAUCUGAUAAUACAGAAUUAAAGACUAAGAAAUAUUUCAGAAAAAUAAGUUGGGAGUUCUUUAAUGAGUGGGCUUAUCAAUACGUAAUCAAUUCUCGUAAGCUAGACAAAAAAGAAAUUCAUUUAAAGUGUAUUCCUUCCUUUUUAUAUGGUAUUAUGUGUCCUAAAUCUCUAGAAGUAUUUAAACCUAUUAGAGAACACGAUAAAAUACCUCAAAAUAAUUAAAGCAAAUAAUCUAAUGUAAACUAGAAUUGA